AUGGAGUUUGAAGUGUAUGAUAAUUACUCUUACGUCUUUCAAUUUGAAAGAAACUGGAAUGAAAGCUCUUUUAGGGAAUAUUGUAAGGACAACUGGCAUCACCCGCUUAUAUUUUCGCUGAUUUACUUAAUAUUAAUCUUUAGUCUGCAGCGGAGGAUGAAACAUCGUGAAGAAUUCAAGUUAAGAAUUCCUCUGACAAUGUGGAGCACCAUAUUAGCUUUGUUCAGUGUAGCUGGAGCUAUAAGAUCUCUGCCAGAAUUUAUUGUGGCAGUCAAAGAAAAAGGUUUCCAAUAUUCAGUGUGUAUUCCAGGAUAUUCCGGAUCAGUUCCAGGAUUCUGGGGAAGUCUUUUUACAAUUUCCAAAGUAUUAGAAUUUGGAGAUACUUUGUUCAUAGUGUUACGAAAGAAGACAUUAAUAUUUCUACAUUGGUAUCACCAUAUAACUGUUGUGAUAAAUGUAUAUCUUAUGCAUGGGGAACAUGCUGCUGCUGGAAAGUGGUAUUAUGUUAUGAACUAUGUCGUUCAUUCCUUCAUGUACUCAUAUUAUGCUCUGAAAGCUAUGCAAAUCUAUGUUCCUAAACAGAUUAGUUUAUUAAUUACUUCUAUGCAGUUACUACAAAUGAUUAUGGGAUGUAUUAUUAAUAUUAUGAUAUUUGUGUAUAAAUCGAAGGGUGAAUUUUGUCAACAAUCUGAUAUGAAUUUAGUUUUGUCGUCUCUUAUGUAUGUUUCAUAUCUAAUAUUGUUCGCUGAUUUCUUCUGUAAAUCUUAUAUUAGACCGAGGGUUUCAAAACGCAUCAAAACUGAUUAUAAAUUCAAGCAUACUUGUAUGGGUAAUUUUUAUAGUUAUAAAUUCAAGCAUACCUGUAUGGGUAAUUUUUAUAGUUAUAAAUUCAAGCAUACCUGUUUGUGUAGUUUUUAUAGUUAUAAAUUCAAGCAUACCUGUAUGGGUAAUUUUUAUAGUUAUAAAUUCAAGCAUACCUGUAUGGGUAAUUUUUAUAGUUAUAAAUUCAAGCAUACUUUUAUGGGUAAUUUUUAUAGUUAUAAAUUCAAGCAUACCUGUAUGGGUAAUUUUUUAAGUUAUAAAUUCAAGCAUACCUGUAUUGGUAAUUUUUUAAGUUAUAAAUUCAAGCAUACCUGUAUGGGUAAUUUUUUAAGUUAUAAAUUCAAGCAUACCUGUAUGGGUAAUUUUUUAAGUUAUAAAUUCAAGCAUACCUGUAUGGGUAAUUUUUUAAGUUAUAAAUUCAAGCAUACCUGUUUGUGUACUUUUUAUAGUUAUAAAUUCAAGCAUACCUGUUUGUGUAGUUUUUAUAGUUAUAAAUUCAAGCAUAUGUUUAUGUAA